AUGGAAAAACAAGGACAGAGGUGUAGUGGAUUGGUGCUAGUCCCAUGUCCAUUCCAAGGCCACAUAAACCCAAUGCUUCAGCUAGGCGCAAUCCUUCACUCCAAGGGCUUCUCUAUAACAAUUGCUCACUCCCAAUUCAACUCUCCUAACCCUUCCAAUCAUCCUAAUUUCACUUUCUUACCCAUACAGGAUGGACAAACUGAUCAUGACGCCACCUCUACGGAUUUCAUCUCUCUCAUAACAGCUCUAAACGUUAAUUUAGUGUUCCCUCUCCAAGAAAGCUUGGCUCAGAUGAUAAAACAAGAGGAGAAGAAAGAAAGGAUCACAUGUGUCAUAUAUGAUGCUAUCAUGUACAAGGCAGAAGAGGCAGCAAAUCAUCUAAAGCUUCAAACCAUUGUCCUGGUGACAAACAGCGCUGCUACUAGGCUAACUCAUUUUACCUAUCCACAACUUCAAGCAGAGGGCUACAUUCCCCCAAAAGACUCAAUGUUGCGAGACCUAGUUCCUGGGCUUCAUCCCUUCAGGUUCAAGGAUCUAACCAUUUUAAAUUUCCCAAAUUUAGAAGCCUUGUUACAACUGAUAGCCACCACAAUCAAAAUUAGAACGUCUUCAGCAAUUAUUUGUAACACUGUGGACUGCCUUGAACAACCAUUUCUUGCACAGCUAAAGAAACAAUACCAAGUUCCAAUUUUCUCAAUGGGUCCAUUUCACAAAAUUGCCCCACCCUCCUCUAGUAGCUUACUUAAAGAGGACACUAGCUGUAUUACUUGGCUUGAUAAGCAGGCUCCAAAGUCUGUUAUAUAUGUGAGCAUUGGAAGUGCAGCUUCCAUAGAUGGAAGAGAACUAAUUGAGACGGCUUGGGGACUGGCCAACAGUAAGCCACAUUUCUUGUGGGUGAUUCGGCCUGGUUCAGUUCGUGGCUUGGGAUGGCGAGAGCUAUUGCCAGAAUGUUUCAAGAAAGCAGUUGAAGAAAGAGGUUGUAUCGUGGAAUGGGCACCACAGAAGGAAGUGUUAGCACAUGUUGCAGUGGGGGGUUUCUGGAGCCACUGCGGUUGGAAUUCAAUCUUGGAAAGUAUUUGCGAAGGUGUGCCAAUGAUAUGCCAGCCAUGUUUUGGGGAUCAAAGGUUGAACGCAAGGUACGUGAGCCAUGUAUGGAAGGUAGGCCUGGAAUUGGAUAAUGAGUUGGAAAGAGGAGAGAUAGAGAGAGCUAUAAGAAGACUAAUGGCAAGUAAAGAAUGUGAGGAGGUGAGACAAAGAGCAACGGAUUUGAAGGUGAAGGUUGAGCAUUCCAUAAGGGAAGGUGGUUCUUCUUACAAUUCCUUGGAUGAUUUGGUAAACCAUAUCUUGUCAAUCUGAUUGCUAAGACAGCAAGGCAUUAGAGUGCAAUAUGGAUAAACACUAGUUCAGUUAAUUUAUUCUGCAAAAUAAAUUGGGAAGUUCUAAAGGUAACAUACUCUAAAUACAGAGUCACAUAUGAGUCUGUAUAUUAUCAACUGCCAUUCUCAUUCUCUAUAGUCUCUAUUUUAGUGAGUAAAAUGUAAAAGAUUGUUUGUACCGUACAUUUAUUCAAAACUAGUA